CCACCCCCUGGUCUCUUCCUGCCUUUUGUGCCUCUGCUGAGGCCGGUGACUAAGGCAGAUGGGGGGGGGGGGGUCUCUGGCAGAUGUGAGACACCCCCAGGCCCCCUAGUGAAAUGAGGGUGCCUGGCUCAUGUGCUGGGGAGCCCUGGAAGGCAAUCCCCCAUCAGUCGGUUCCAGGGAGAAUCCGGGUGGUCUUCAGCAGGUACUGCAACUCCAGUGACAUCAUGGACCUCUUCUGCAUCGCCACGGGGUUGCCCAGACACACCACAAUCUCGCUGCUGACCGCGGACGACGCCAUGGUGUCCAUUGACCCCACCAUGCCCUCCAACUCCGCGCGAACCCCCUACAAGGUCAGGCCCGUGCCCAGCAAACAGCUCUCAGAGCGCGAGGAGCUGGUGCAAGGUGUGAUGGCGCAGGUGGCUGAGCAGUUCUCCAGAGCCUUUAAACUCAGUGAGCUGAAGGCCGAAGUCACCAGCCAGCUGACCGUGCUGGAGCGCCGCGUGGAAGUGGAGGCUCUGAGGGCCGUGGAGAUCGAGAAAUGCAAGACGGACAUCAGAAGGAUGCGUGAGGAGCUGGCAGCCAGGAGCAGCAGGACCACCUGCCCCUGUAAGUACAGCUCUGUGGACAGCAGCAGAACGCUGGGCCCUCGGCGAGAUGUCCCCACUUACCCCAAGUACCUGCUUUCCCCCGAGACCGUGGAUGCCUUACGCAAGCCCACCUUUGACGUCUGGCUGUGGGAGCCCAACGAGAUGCUGAGCUGUCUGGAGCACAUGUACCAGGACCUGGGCCUCGUGCGGGACUUCAGCAUCCACCCCGUGACGCUCAGGAGGUGGCUGAUGUGCGUGCAGGACAACUACAGACAGAACUCCUUCCACAACUUCCGCCACUGCUUCUGCGUCACCCAGAUGAUGUACAGCCUGGUCUACGUGUGCGGGCUGCAGGAGAAGCUGUCCCAGCUGGACAUCCUGGCGCUGAUGACAGCGGCCAUCUGCCACGACCUGGACCAUCCCGGCUUCAACAACACGUACCAGGUCAACGCCCGCACGGAGCUGGCCGUGCGCUACAACGACGCGUCCCCGCUGGAGAAUCACCACUGCGCGGUGGCCUUCCGCAUCCUGGCGCAGCCCGACUGCAACAUUCUGGCCGGCCUGGCCCCCGAGCGCUUCAGGCAGAUCCGCCAGGGCAUCAUCACGCUGAUCCUGGCCACCGACAUGGCGCGGCACGGGGAGAUCAUGGAGGCCUUCAAGGACGCGGUGGCCGGCUUCGACUUCAGCAACGAGGAGCACCGGACCCUGCUGAAGAUGAUCCUCAUCAAGUGCUGUGACAUCUCCAAUGAGGUCCGGCCCCCCGAGGUGGCGGAGCCCUGGGUGGACUGCCUGCUGGAGGAGUACUUCACGCAGAGCGACCAAGAGAAGGAGGAAGGCCUCCCGGUGGCCCCUUUCAUGGACCGAGAAAAGGUGACCAAGGCCACCGCCCAGAUCGGCUUCCUCAAGUUCGUCCUCAUCCCCAUGUUCGAGGCCGUCACCGAGCUCUUCCCGGUCGUUGGGGAGGUCAUGCUGAAGCCCCUCUGGGCAGCCAAGGACCGUUACGAGGAGCUGAGGCGGUCAGAGGACGCCCGGACAGAGAACAGGGAGCCCCUGACCCUCCAGAAUGAGCCCCAGCCAGACAGGACGGAGCCACAGCCCCAGAGGAUCGGGCAGGGUGACCCAGUAGCCAGCCAGGCCUGAGGGAAGGCGGCUCCAGCCAGGUCCUGAACUGACACUGAGUCCCCGUGUCCCUCCGGCAGGACAAGAUUCGGCCCCCAGCCCCAAGACGCCUUUUCUGGGGACUCUCACCUUCCCCUAUGAGCCCUGAGAAGGGGGCCCGUGCGACUGUACAGUGUUUUUAUUUUAAAUUGUCUUUUUAAUAAUAUAUUCUUGUAUAGAAAUAGUG